UUUCUUCACACUGCUCCUCAGUUCUCCUCUGUGAUCGAUUCUCAGCUCUCUCGAUCUCAGACGAUGGCGAUGGAUGGCGGGCGUCUUGUGCGGAUGUGCAUCGAAUCCGCCAGCGCCGAUGCCGGCAGCGUGGAGCGGUGGCGGAGGCAGCGUCGCACGCUGGAGCGCCUCCCUGCCCACCUUGCAGACGCCCUUCUCCGCAGCCUCCGCCAUCGCCGCCUUUUGUUCCCAUCGUUGCUUGAAGUAUUCCAGCAUUGUGUCGAGGUUGUUGAGCUGAACGGAGAGAGCAGCGUGGACGCAGAGUGGAUGGUGUAUUUGGGUGCCUUCCGUCACCUGCGCUGUCUUAAUCUCGCAGACUGCAGGGGUGUCAACAAUUCAGCACUUUGGGCGGUUACUGGCAUGAAUUGUUUGAAGGAGUUCGACUUGUCAAGAUGCUCAAGAAUAACUGAUGACGGAAUUAAUCAUUUAUUGUCCAUUCCAAAUUUGGAGAAGCUAUUUAUUUCAGAAACAGGGUUGACCACUGAUGGAGCAAUGCUUAUCUGUUCGUUUAAAAAUCUCACCAUGUUGGAUAUGGGAGGGUUGCCUGUCACUGAUAAGGCACUGUUUUCACUACAGGUAUUGACUCGGCUUGAGUACUUGGAUUUAUGGGGCAGUAAAAUUUCAGAUGAUGGGGCCACUAUCCUGAAAAUGUUUCCCAGAUUGAGUUUCCUGAAUCUAGCUUGGACAAAUGUCACAAAGGUGCCAUACAUUCCUUCUAUUGCUAGCUUAAACAUGAGUAAUUGUGUUAUCCACUCUAUCUCCCCUAGAGAUGCCUCAAAACAUGCCCCUUUGUCGAAGCUUCUUGUUCAUGGUGCUACUUUUGCUGAUGUUGGUGAAGUUUUCUCAAAGUUGGAAGGUAGCUAUAUGACGUUCUUGGAUAUAUCACACUCUUCUAUUCACAGUUUCUGUUUCUUGGAUAAUUUGAAAGAACUUCAGCAUUUGGAUCUGAGUGCUACCACAAUAACAGAUGAUUUAGUGGGGCAUGUUGCUCAUAUUGGAGGAAAUUUAAGAUUGCUAAAUCUCAAUAAUACCAAGAUCACCUCCCUUGGAUUGCCUGUGUUGGCUGGUUCUGUUAAUAACCUUCAGACAUUAUUGUUGUCUCACACAUCAAUUGAUGAUACAGCUCUCUCAUAUAUUAGUAUGCUGCCUUCUCUACUCGUGUUGGAUUUGAGUUACACAAAUGUUAAAGGUUUUAUUGAUUGGAACAGAGAAGGCUUGGAUAAAAUACACUCUCUGAGUCUGCUUCAGAAUCUUAUUCAUUUGGAAAGUUUGAAUUUGGAAGAUACACUGCUGAGAGAUGAUGCAAUCCAACCCUUGUCUCUUUUACGAGAACUGAAGUAUUUAUAUCUAAAGAGUGACUUCUUGUCAGACAUCUCUCUACAUGCAGUGUCCUCUCUCCCAAAGUUGGAAUUUCUAGGUUUCCGCGGUGGAGUAUUAACUGAUUACGGUCUUUUUGUUUUUAUACCCAAAUCAAUGCUUAGCACACUAGAUGUGAGAGGAUGCUGGCUCUUAACUAAUGAUGCACUUUCAUCAUUCUGUAAAAUGCACCCAAGAUUGGAGGUGAGACACGAACAGAUUCAAAUGCUUAAUGCAGACCAAAGUCUCAGCCACAAUGCUGCUACUUCAUCUGCCUCACCGUUAAAAUUUAGACAGAAAAGAGAAAAAAUGUUACAUUCACCAGGCAGAUACCCGAAUGUGAUAUAUGCAGAUGAAAGGAUAAAGUACAGUCGAGAAGAGUUGUUCGAAUUACAACUUUCACCGCUGGCAGAUCCUUCUCUCUGUCACCCAGAUAAACUACCUCAAAUACUCAGGAGGGACUGAGCAAGAUUUCAAAGAUGUCUAGGGUCAACCUGCUUUAAAUGUACAACAUUUUAUUCUGACAAUGGAGUUGGACCUCCAUGCUGAUUCAAGUGAAUUAGUCAUUCCGCAGGUAAAUAUUUGUCUAGAGUAUAGCAAGUUACAAAUUCUGUCUUGGUAGGACAUCUAUUUCUAUUGCUAUUAAAUUAAUAAAUGAUAAUGAAGAGAAAUGGUUAAUAGUGGGGGUUCCUUUGUUUUUGUGUAGUCAUAUAGGAUAAUGUAUGAGCUUUGUAGAAUGGCAAUUUCCGGGAAAUCUUAGUUAAGGUAACAUGUACAUAUAUACAUAGUCUUCUGAGUUGCCAUAUGCCUUUAUACAAAUUUUCAGUCAUGCAACAUGCAAUGACUUGUGUCUUCAGUGUUCAAGUUAAGUUCAUCAUGCAUAAGGGUUCUCAUUUACUGUAUUAUAAACCUUGGUAGAUAAAUACUUUUUACAGCCUCAUGCAUGCUCAAUGAGCCACCUUCAUAAGACCAACGCCCCUCACCUUC